AUGAUGGAAGUGGAAAAAACUCAUUUAAUAAAUUAUUUUUUGGAAAUAUGCCCAACUGUUUUAGAUUGUUCUAGAAAAGAGUUACAAACUGUAUUAGCAAAAAGAGAAGAAGAAAAGAUACGAAAAUUUGUUGUGGAUAAAAAUGUAAAUAUAAUUGUUAUUGGAAAAGGGAAGCAAGAAAAAAUAGACGAAGGGCACGAUAAUAUAAAAAAAUUAGAAAAUGAAAGAGAUGAAGAAAGAAAUAUAAACUUUGAUAAAGAAUCAAGUUAUUCAUUAUUUGUAGAAUUAAAUAUAAAUUAUAAAUGUGUAACAAAAAGUAUUGCAAUUGCUUUUAUGAAAAGAAAUAAAGACACAUUUUUGUCAUUAAAUGAAAAAUUAAAUAAUGGAAAUAAAAUAAAUUUGUCGAAUGAAUUACUGAUGUUUGUAUGCGGACUAAAUGAUUGUAACACUCCAUUAGAUUUGGUUUAUUUAUAUUUGUCCCAGGGUUUUAAUACAAUAUUUGAUGCCGCUUCUUAUGUAACUCAUGGGACUGAACAUGAUGAAAUUUCGCAAAAAAAAAAGAAAUAUUCUAAAAAAAGAGAUGCGGAAAAUGAUAAUGUAUAUGAUAGUAUAAGUGAUAGUAGCAUUAAUGAAAAUGGUGGAGCAAAAUUGUCUUCGUCCUAUGCAGGUUAUGGGAAUACAACAUGUGGAACCUACGAUGGAGAGAAUAAUAAAAUAUCAAAUUUACUUAUGACUAAUGUAAGUAAAAAGUUAAAUGAGCUAUUAAUUUCGAUGAAGAAUGCACAAAUCGAUUUAAACAUUCCAAUAAUAAAUUUAAAUGUUGAUAAACGAAUAAAAAAAUUAGUAGAAGAAAAUCCUAAUAUUGACGAUAUUAAACAAGAAACAAUAAAAAAUUUAUGUGAAUCUCAAGGUUUUUUAAAUCAACUACAAAAAGAUGUAACAAAAUGGGUAGAAGAAAUUCAAAAAAUAACUAGACUUAACGGUGAUUUUAAAAGCGGUAGCGCUUUAGCAGAAAUAAAUUUUUGGAUAGGCUAUGAAAAUGCAUUACUGGAACUUGAAAAUAGAUUAAAAAGUCCUGAAGUAAUAUUAACACUACAAAUACUAAAAAAUGCUAAAAGAUAUUUUGCAACUAUAUCUUUUGAUAGUGAUAUUCAAUUAAAGCAAUCUAAAGAAUAUGUAUUAAAUGUUAAUAUAUUAAUGAAAGACUUCCCAAUAGAUGAUUUAUUAGGAGCUCAAACUGUUCAACAAACUAUGCAAGCAAUACGAAAUAUAUUUAAUCAUUUAAAAAAAUUAAAAAAUACAACAAAAUAUCCAUUAUCGAAAUCAUACAAUUUUGUUGAAGCAUUGUCUAGAGAUUUAGGAAAUACUAUGAAGAAAAUACUUUCUAAUCAAUCAUUGCUUAGCAUGGAUUAUCAAAUAUUCGAUGUUCUUAUAUCUGGGUGUAUGGAGGUUUUCCAGUUAUGGAAUGAAGAGAUACGAGUCUUUAAAGACAUGGUUCGAGAAUUAAUUAAAAAAAGAAGUUUUAAUGAGAGAGCUCCAGCUAAAAUGAUAUUUGAGCAUGUGAUAUUACAAGAACGCUUAGAUGAUAUACGAAAUUUUCGAAAACAACAUCAAAAAUUUAAAACAGUAAUUACAAAAGUUUUUGGUAAUGAUAAAAAUGUAGGCAUAAAUUUACAAAAAGAUAUAAAUGCAGCAUAUAAUAUAUUACUUUCUCUUGAUGCAUUGGAUUUAUCUAAAAGUGGGAAUGAUUUAUGGGAAAAAACAAAGUUAAGCUAUGAAUCAAAAAUGAAUAAAGUUGAAUCACAAAUAACCUUUAAAUUAAGGGAUAAAUUAGGAGGUGCUAAAACAUCUAAUGAAAUGUUUAACGUUUUUUCUAAAUUUAAUCCUUUAUUUUUUCGACCUAAAAUUAAAGGUGCUAUCCAAGAAUAUCAAAAUAGUUUAAUACAGAUAGUAGUAGAAGACAUAAAAAAAUUACAAAUGAUUUAUAUUAAUGGUUAUGUUAAAAGUUCUUCUGAAAAAGUAUCAACUAUACGUGAUAUUCCAUUAGUAUCUGGGUCUAUAAUAUGGUGUAAGCAAAUUGAAAAGAAAUUAGAAGAUUCAUUUAAAAAAAUCGAAAAUGUUUUAGGUAGGGGAUGGGAACAACAUGCAGAAGGAAAAAAUUUAAAGCAAAAUAUAGACAAUUUUAAAAAUUUAUUAAAUCAAAAUAAAACAUUUGAAAAGUGGCUUAAAAGUAUUAAAAAUGGAGAUAAAUUUGAUAUAUACGAAAAAAUAAUAAAAGUAAAAAAAUUAGGAAUAAAUAACUAUGAAAUAUUAGCAAAUUAUGAUCAACAACUUUUUAAUCUAUUUAAAGAAGUACGUUAUUUACAAUCUAUAAAUUUAAGAGUACCAUAUUCUAUUAAAGUAAAAGCAGACGAAACAAAGUUGAUAUAUCCAUAUGCGCUAGGCUUAGAAAAAACACUAAGAAUAUAUAUGAAGAUUUGUCUAUAUCUUGAAAAUGAAGGAAAGGAGAUACCGUUUAAUGGCACUAUUAGCAUGUUAGUUGCUUCAGCGCAUAAUAGUGUACAGGAAAAAAUAAAAGAAGGAAUAAAUUUGCACUGGGAUUCAGAUAUAUUAGAAACGUAUGUUAGAAAGUUGACAGAACAUGUUAAUAUGCUUGAAUCGAUGGUGGAUGAGGCAGUAAAUAAAAAUUCCUUUGUUCUAGAUAUUUUGGAAAAGAUAAAAACGUGUCAAAUAAGUAUUGAUGGGGAUAACGAGAUUAAAAAAUAUGUGGAAUUAAUACAGGAAAAGGCUGACGAACUUUAUCUUCAGCAUUAUAAAAAUGUGCAUAUGUGGAUCAACGAGAUGAACAAAAUCUUAGAUGCCAUUUUGGCGAAACGGUUGGAAGAAAUCAUAAAGAAAUGGACUGAAGAGUUUUUGGGAUGGACAGAAGAAUAUAUUAGUCAUGACGACGCUGGAAAUUUUAGUGGAGAUGAAUUUGGAAAGGAUAGAAGUCGAGAUCAGAAUCAAGAAGGAAAAAAACGCAUUGUGGAAUGGAAUACAAGGCGUCGAAAUCCCGCAAAAAACCAAUUCAUUCUUCGAUCAAGUGUUCACGAAUUCAAAAUAAGUAAACAUAAGAUAUUUUUACACCCACCUACGGAUUCCAUGAGACAAAUUUGGUUUUCUAAACUUUCAGAGGCUAUAAAUUUGAUUUGUGGAAUCACAAGAAUUAAAAAUAUAUACCAAAAAAAAGAUAAAUCCAGAGAAGUUAUCGAGAUAAAGAAUAAAGAUGGUGAGAUAAUAAAUAAUGUUAUGCUAGAUAAUACAUAUAAAUAUAUAAUAUAUUAUGUAGACAAAAAAGUAUAUGAUAACGCAAUCAAAUGUAUUAAUGAUAGUGUUGAGAAGGCAAGAGAAUAUGAAUCGAUGUGGUUUCAAUAUAAAACUUUAUUAAAAGUUGAAAUAGGAGAUAUAAUAACUAAUUUUGGAGACGAUAUCGAAAUAUGGAAAACUUUUAUGAACGAAAUUAAAGAAAGAGAAGAUAAAUUUGAUAUUUUAGAUACAGAAAAAAAACAUUUUGGUCCAAUAGUAAUAGAUUAUAGAAUACUUCAAUCUAAGGUUAGUUCGAAAUUUGAGAUUUGGCAAAAGGAAAUUGUUUCAGAAUUUUCGAAAAAAUUGUUAGAAAAAAUAUUAAUAUUUAAAGAAGAUGUCGAAAAGUGCUUACAUGAUUUACGCGAGCAAUCCGAAUUAAAAUCUGAAUCUGAAAUAACGGCAAUGCAUAUAUUGUCUAUGCGCCCCAAAGAUAUAAUUACAAUAAUGAACGACUAUGAUAUGGAUGUACUAUCUAGAAUAUGCAGCAGCAUCCAUGAUUUUGUAGAAAAAAUUAAUGAAAUUAAUAAAAAGGAACAAGAAUGGGAUAGUAAAUGUGAUAUAUUAAAAAAGAGUGAAUUAAUGUUAGAAAAACAGAAAUAUUUUUUCCCUAAAAAUUGGCUAUUUAUAGAUAGUGUUAUAGGUACGGUAGAAACAGUUAAGCAAAUAUUGACAUAUCAAAUAAAUUUAGUAAAAGAAUAUUUUCCAUAUAUACAAAGUCUAGUGAUAGAGUUUGAUUCUAAAGUCCAAAAUAAUAUAAAGGAACUAUAUGAGGAAUGGAAUAGCAGCAAGCUAGCUGAUGGAAAUACAAAUAGUGUAAAAGUGCUACAAAUAAUUAAAACAUUUGAAAGUAAAAUUAAUAUUAUCAGUCAAGAUUACCAAGUGUCGGAAAGACUAAGAAAACUGAUGAAAAUAUCGAUAGAUGAAGAAUCAGAGAACAAUUUUCAUAUUUCUCCGAAAAUGCUAAAAGACGAAAUAACUUGCAUAAAAACAAUAUGGGAUGAACUAAAAAUAAUUUAUUCUAGUAUAUCUGAUUUAAAAAAGAUAUUAUGGAUAAAUGCGGAUUUAAGAAAUGUGAAAAAUUUGUUAAACAAUUUGUUAGGAAGUAUAAAAAAAAUACCAGCAAAAUAUAGACAAUAUGAAAUAUUUGAUAAGGUAAAAGAUGAAAUUCAAGAAUAUUUAAAAACUUAUAUAAUAUUGUCUGAUUUAAAAUCCGAAUCAUUGAAAGAAAGACAUUGGAAAUUAAUUCUUCAAAAAUUGGAACUAAAGAUUCAUUACAAUAAACUGAGUCUCGGAAGUUUAUGGUCUAGUAAUCUAUGCUACCACGAAAAUGCAAUCAGAGAAAUUUUAAACCAAUCACAAGGAGAAAUGGUUUUAGAUGAGUUUUUAAGAGGAUUAAAGGAUACUUGGACAGAAUAUGAAUUAGAAUUAGUACAAUAUCAAAAUAGGUGCAAAUUAAUAAAAGGAUGGAAUGAUAUAUUAUCUAACAUUGAUGAUCAUUUAAAUGCUAUACAAUCUAUGAAAAUAUCUUCUUAUGUUAAAAUAUUUGAAGAAGAAACAUUAAAUUGGGAUGAUAAAUUAAAUAGAUUGCGUAAUUUGUUAGAAGUUUGGAUGAAUGUUCAAAGAAAGUGGGUUUAUUUAGAAGGGGUAUUAAAAAGUUCAACUGAUAUUAAACUUUUAUUACCACAAGAAUAUAACAGAUUUAAAAUCAUAGACGCUGAUUUUAUAAAUAUUAUGAAAAAAACUUCAGAAAAUCCAAAACUUUUAGAGUUAUUUCAAAUAAAUGGAUUUCAAAAACAGUUGGAUCGCUUAUCUGAUUCGUUGUCAAAAAUUCAAAAAGCUUUAGGUGAGUAUUUAGAAAAGCAAAGAAGCCAAUUCCCGAGAUUCUAUUUUGUUGGAGAUGAAGAUUUACUAGAAAUGAUUGGAAAUUCGAAAGAUGCAAAAAUUAUACAAAGAAAUAUUAAUAAAAUGUUUGCUGGAAUUAGUUCAUUUAUUUUGAAAGAGAAUACUAGUGAUUCUAUAUUAGGAAUGUGUUCGCGAGAAGGGGAAGAAGUUUUUUUUAAAGAACCUAUACAUAUAAGUACUUAUAAAACGUUAAAGGAAUGGUUAAUGGUGUUAGAAACGCGUAUGAAAACAACUUUGGAGAACUAUUUAGAUUUAGCAGCUAUUGAGUUUAUGCAGAUGGAUAUAUUACAAUGCACAAAGGAUUCAUCGAAGAAACAGAUCAUAGAUUGGUGUUGUAAAUACCCUAACCAGAUAGUUCUUCUUUGUUUGCAAAUAAUGUGGACAUAUAAUAUUGAACAUGAUAUGGAAUUAUCCAUGGAAAAGUUAGAGAUGGAUUCCCAAACGAUAAAUGAAAAAAGUGUCACCUCUGAGAAAUGUUUAAACUCUCAAUGUAACAACUUUCUUACUAGCGAAGGUGUGUGUAGAAGCCUACUUAAAUAUCUCUCCGAAAUUGUAGUAAAACAAACGAACAAUACAACUAGACAAAAGAUUGUCCAAAUGAUAACAGAAUUAGUUCAUCAAAGAGAUGUUAUUCGAAUCCUUAUAGAGAAAAAUAUAAAAAAUGUGAACGAUUUUACUUGGCUACAAUAUAUGAGAUUUUAUUGGGAUAAAGAUAAAAGGAACAAAAAUGUGAAUUUGAUUAUAAAAAUGGCAGAUGCAUCAUUUGAAUAUGGGUAUGAAUAUUUAGGAAUGUGCGAAAAAUUAGUUCAGACAAAAUUAACAGAUGCAUGCUUUUUAACAUUAACCCAAGCAUUAAAAAUGAAAUUAGGAGGUAACCCAUUUGGACCUGCUGGUACUGGAAAAACGGAAAGCGUGAAAGCGUUAGGGGCACAAUUAGGACGAUAUGUAUUAGUGUUUAAUUGCGAUGAGUCAUUUGAUUUUACUGCAAUGGGAAGAAUAUUCGUUGGAUUAUGCCAAGUAGGAGCAUGGGGAUGUUUUGAUGAAUUUAAUAGGCUAGAAGAAAGAAUAUUAUCAGCUGUAUCAGAACAAAUAUUAACAAUACAAACAAGCUUAUCACAAAGAAAAAAAGAAGUUGAAAUUUUAAAUAAAAAAGUUGAAUUAAAUAAAAAUGUUGGUAUAUUUGUUACUAUGAAUCCUGGAUAUGCUGGUAGAUCAAAUUUACCUGAUAAUUUAAAGCAGUUAUUUAGAAGUUUUGCUAUGAUAGAACCUAACAAAGAAUUAAUAGUACAAGUUACAUUAUUUUCUCAAGGAUUUAUUAGCGCUGAAUAUUUGUCUAGUAAAAUUGUUUCUCUCUUUGAUCUAUGUUCAGAGCAGUUAUCGAAGCAACCACAUUAUGACUUUGGUUUGAGAUCUUUGAAGAAUGUACUUAAUUCUGCUGGUAAUUUGAAGCGACUUGCUUUGCAGGAAAAAUGGCAAGAAGAUAUUAUGAAGAAGGAAGAUAGCGAACUUAAUGGCGAUAAUGACAUUAGCAUGCCUGGUAAAAACUAUGAUGAAGUGGAAAAGGUAAAGAAAACAGCUGAGAUGGAGCAAACACUGCUACUCAAAUCGGUAUGUGAUACAGUAUACCCAAAACUCGUUUCAAGUGACAUAGUGUUAAUAAAAAGCUUGUUGAGUGGAAUAUUUCCAAACGCAAAUAUAUCAUUACUUGAGGAUAAAGAUUUAAUAAAUGAAAUAAAAAGAAUUUGUAAAUUAAAAUAUUAUAUACCUGAAGAAAAAUGGAUAACCAAAAUAUGCCAAAUAAAUCAAAUAAUGAAGCUGCAACACGGUAUUAUGCUAGUUGGUGGAGUAGGUACUGGUAAAAGUAGUGCCUGGAAAAUACUUUUAGAUGCAUUAGAAGCAAUAGAUAAUAUAAAAGGUAUGAGUUAUAUCAUAGAUGCGAAAUCAUUAGAUAAAGAAGAAAUAUAUGGAAAAUUAGACAAUAUUAAUUUAGAAUGGACUGAUGGUGUAUUUACAUGUAUAUUAAGAAAAAUAAUAUAUAAUUAUACACAAACAAAUAAUAAUAUAACAAAACGACAUUGGAUUAUAUUUGAUGGGGAUGUAGAUCCUGAAUGGGCUGAAAAUUUAAAUAGUGUUUUAGAUGAUAAUAAAUUAUUAACAUUACCUAAUGGGGAACGUUUGCCUAUACCUGAAAGCGUUAAGAUUCUGUUUGAAGUAGAUACAUUAAAGCAUGCUACUUUAGCUACUGUUAGUCGAUGCGGUAUGAUAUGGUUUUCCAGAGAUAUUUUACCACCUAUUGUUUUGUUUAAACAUAGGUUAAACAAACUAAAGUAUGGUAAUAGUGAUUAUCCUAGGAAAAUAGAUAUACUAAAAUCAUUAUUUGUAUCUAAUAGUAACAAUGAAGCAACAGAAGGGGCAAUAAUGAGUGGCGACGGAGGUAAGAAAGGGUUUAGCGAUUUUGUUACAGCAGUAACCAAUUCAAAUGAUUAUGAAAAUAGCGAAAUAAAUGAUUCUACCAAUGGAAAUAUUCCUUCUAAAAAUAAGAUGGUUCCAUAUAAUACAAUAGCUCUGAAUGAGAAUAUAAUGGGCAAUAUAAUGCGAAGAAACUCGCAAGUUUUUUACGAUAAAAGUGAUGAAAACAUAGAUGUAUGCAAAGUAAAAACAAUAGAAUAUAGAUCUAUAGAGCUCAUUAGCGAAUAUUUUGAAGAAAACGGAUUUGUGCAACAAUGCUUAGUUGGGGCUGCAAUUUUUGAGCACGUGAUGGAUUAUGAAUAUAUAAGAGUAAUUGAAAGUACAUGCUUAUUAAUACAAAAAGGUAUAGAUAAUUUAGUUACGAAAUAUGGUAAAUUUAAUGAUUCUGUAUCAGAUAGUGAUAUAGAAAAAUAUAUGUCAAAAUGGCUAGUAGUUAGUUUAAUAUGGGGUAUUGGGGGAUCAUUGAAUCUCGAAUCCAGAGAAAAAUUUUCUAAAUAUGUGGAAUCAAUUUGUUCGAGUUCAUUGUUACCCUCCGAUUUGUCGAAAAGAAGGGAAGAUCCAUAUAAUAUUGAUUAUGAUGGUGCUUCGGUAUCACCAUCUCAUUUGGUUAAUUCAUCAAAUUUGGCGAACACAAAUAGAACAAUAUUAGAUUAUGAACCUAGUGUCGAGGAUGGAGAAUGGCACAAUUGGAAAGAACGUGUCGAAAUAACAGAUGUAGAUAGAACUGAAAUAUCAGAUGCAACGCUUAUCAUUGAAACUAUGGACACAAUAAGGCAUGCAACAAUUUUAGAAGGGUGGCUAAAUUUAAAGAAGCCAUUUAUUUUAUGUGGACCACCAGGUUCUGGAAAAACAAUGACCUUAACAUCUGUUUUGAAAAAAUCACCAGAAUUUGAUAUUGCUGCAUUAAAUUUUUCAUCUGGAUCAUUGCCAAAUUUAUUAUUACAAACAUUUGACCACUAUUGUGAAUAUGUUAAAACAACCAGUGAAUUAGUUUUAAGGCCAAUACAACCAGGAAAAUGGUUAAUAAUAUUUGCUGAUGAAAUCAAUUUACCUACCCCAGACAAAUAUGAUACCCAAAGGAUUAUUAUGUUCAUGAGGCAAAUAUACGAGUCCCAAGGUUUCUGGAAAUACGAUUCUAACAAUAAUCAAUGGAAUUGGGUAAAAAUUGAACGAAUAACAUUUGCAGGCGCUUGUAAUCCCCCAACAGAUGCGGGAAGAAACCCAUUAAGUAAUCGAUUUUUAAGACAUACAUCAAUAUUAUAUGUUGAUUUUCCUGGUUAUGAAUCAUUAAAGCAGAUAUAUGGUACGUUUAAUAGGGCUAUACUUCGCAAGUUUCCUGAAAGUUUACAUAUGGCAGAUAACUUAACUUUAGCAAUGGUAGAUUUUUAUGCAAAAUUUUCAGAAACAUUUACUGUUGAUAUGGAACCUCAUUAUAUUUACAGCCCUAGAGAAUUGACAAGAUGGAAAUUAAGUAUUUAUAAUACAUUGGAAAAUUUUGAAAAAAUAGAAAAUAGAGAAUUAGUUAGAUUAUGCAUAUAUGAAGGUUUGCGAAUAUUUCAAGAUAGAUUAAUAUAUAAGAAAGAAAAGAAAGAAACUGAUAAAAUAAUAAAUGAGAUAUUUAAGUAUAGUUUUCCUGAUGUGAAAGAUGAAGAUUUGGAAAGACCCAUAAUAUUUAGCUCAUACAUAGAAAAUAAGUAUAUAGAAAUAAAUAAAAAUAUAUUAAAAGAGUUAAUAUUAGCUAAAUUAAAAAUAUUUGGAGAAGAAGAAGUAAAUGUCCAAUUGGUUUUAUUUGAUGAAGUAUUGGAUCAUAUCACUAGAAUUGAUCGAGUGUUAAAAUUGCCAUUUGGGCAUCUAUUAUUAGUUGGUGCAUCUGGAGUGGGAAAAACAAUUUUGUCAAGAUUUGUUUCAUGGAUGAAUGGAUUAUCUGUUUUUCAAAUAAGGACAGGUAGAAAUUAUUCAACCGAAUUAUUUGAAGUAGAUUUACGAAAUGUUAUGAAAAGAGCAGGAAUAAAGGAAGAAAAAAUAACAUUCAUAUUUGAUGAAUCAAAUGUAUUAGGGCCUGCCUUUUUAGAAAGAAUGAAUGCGUUGCUAGCUAGUGGAGAAGUUCCAGGAUUGUUUGAAGGAGACAAUUAUAAAGCAUUAAUAAACGAAUGUAAGGGUCAAUAUGGAACGAAUGCUGGUUUAGAUGAAUCAGAUAUAUUUAAAAAGUUUACUAAGCAAGUUCAGAAAAAUUUACAUAUAGUUUUUACUAUGAAUCCAGCAAACCCCGAUUUUGCAAAUCGACAGUCAACAUCGCCAGCACUAUUUAACAGAUGUGUUAUAGAUUGGUUUGGAGAUUGGUCUUAUAAGGCAUUAUUGCAAGUUGCAAGUGAAUUUAUUUUUAAUUUGAAUCUUCCGGAUAACAACUUUUACAUGGAUGAUAUAAAUAACAAAUCCAUUGAAGAGAAAAGCAAAUUGGAUUUCAAAGACAAGAAAUAUUACUUCUUGUCGAAAGCGAUUGUAGAAAUUCAUAAUUCGGUGGUGCAUAUUAAUCAGGUUUUAAUGAAGAAGGGGAGUAAAUAUAACUAUAUGACGCCUAGAGAUUUUCUUGAUUUUAUAAAACACUUUUUAAAAAUAAUAGAUGAGAAAAGAGAAGAAAUAUCUGCACAAAAGAAACACUUAAACGCAGGUUUAAAAAAAUUAAAAGACACAGAAGUACAGGUAGCUGAAUUAAGAAAUUCAUUAGCAAAUAAAAAAAAAACACUUGCUGAAAAGGACAUUGAGGCCGAAGAAAAAAUGAAACUGAUGAUUGAGCAGCAAGCGGAAACAGAAGAUAAGAAAAAAAAAGCAGAAAUAUUAGCCAAGAAAUUAGAUGAACAAUUUAUUAUAAUAGAACAAAGAAAAGAAAUUGUAAGAAAAGAAUUAAGUGAAGUCGAGCCUAAAUUUAGAGAAGCUGAAGACGCAGUAAAAAAUAUACCGAAGAAAAUUUUUGAUGAAUUAAGGGCUAUGGCAAAUCCGCCAAUAUUAGUUCGAAAUGCUAUAGAAGCUGUUGCUAUAUUGAUUAUGAAUGAAGGUGACAAAAAUGUUACAUGGGAAGAUGCUAGGAAAAUAAUGAAAGGACAAGAUUUUAUAAAUAAAGUUUUAUACCUAGAUAAAAAAACAGUAAAAGCUCAAACAAGUGCGCAAAUAAAAAAAAAAAUCAAUAGUCCAGAUUGGGAUGUUGAUAGAAUAAAUAAAGCAUCUCGAGCUGCGGGACCAUUGGCAAAAUGGGUAGAAUCUGUGAUCACGUUUCUUACAAUAUUAGAAACAAUACAACCAUUAGAAAAUGAGAUAGAAAAAUUGCAAGAAGAAACAAGAAUAGCAGAAAAUCAAUAUAAUGAGCAAAAAGAAAUAAUUUCUGCAUUAGAAAAAAUACUAGUGCAGUAUAAAAAUGACUAUGCACAAUUAAUUAGUCAGGUCCAAAGUAUUAAGCAAGAAAUGGAAGUCGUUGAAAAAAAAAUUGUAAGAUCUAUAAAUUUAAUAGAAAAUUUAAAAUCAGAAAAGGAAAGAUGGUCAGAAACGUUUAUAAGUUUGGAAGAAGCUUCCGAAACAUUCAUUGGAAAUUGCCUUAUAUCUGCUGCGUUUUGUGCAUAUAUUGGUUUUUUUGAGCAUUAUGAAAGACAAAAAUUAAAAAAGCGUUGGGGCGAAAUUAUUAAAAUCCAUCAUAUAAAAUAUCGAUAUGAUUUGUCUUUUAUUGAAUUUUUAUCUAAACCUUCAGAAAGACUACAAUGGAUAGCAAAUAAAUUACCAAGUGAUGACUUGUCCAUUGAAAAUGCAAUAAUAAUAAGCAACUACAUUAGAUAUCCAUUAAUUAUUGAUCCAUCUGAUCAAGCAUCUACAUUUUUACUUAACCAAUAUGCUGAUAAAAAAAUAGUAAAAACAUCAUUUUCAGAUAAAAAUUUUUUAAAAAAUUUAGAAAGUGCAAUACGAUUCGGGUCUACCAUAUUACUUUAUGACGUCGAAAAAAUAGAUGCAAUAUUAAAUUCUGUUUUGAAUCAAGAAACACAUAAACAAGGAGGAAGGUUAUUAAUAGUUAUAGGUGAUUCAGAAAUAGAUUUCUCCCCCAAUUUUAAUUUAUUCUUAACUUCCAGAGAUGCUAAUUUGCAAUUUACGCCGGAUAUUUGUAGUCGUGUAACCUUUUGUAAUUUUACCUUGACUCCUUCUUCUCUUCAAAAUCAGUGCUUAAAUAUGAUAUUAAAAAAUGAAAGACCAGAUAUAGAUAAAAAAAGACGUGAUAUAUUAAAAUUGCAAGGUGAAUAUAAAGUUAAAAUCAGAGAAUUAGAAGAAUCCUUAUUAUUAGAACUAUCUAGCCUCGAAGGAAAUAUUUUAGAUGAUGAUAAUGUUAUAACUACAAUGGAAAAGUUAAAAAUACAAGCUUCUGAGGCAUCUAAAGAAGUAAAUAUAGCAGAAGGAGUUAUGAUUGAAAUAGAAAAUGUUAGUAAUAUGUAUCUAUUUUUGGCAGAAGGGUGUUCAAAAAUAUAUUUUAUUUUACAAUAUUUAUGUAAUAUUAACUUUUUAUAUCAAUAUGAUUUGAACUUUUUUUUUAAUAUAAUGAAAGAUAUGUUACUUGAUGACGAAUAUUUAUCCAAAAUUAAAAAAACUGAUUAUGGAGAAAGAAUAAAAUGUUUAGAGUAUUUAUUAUUUAAUUUGACUUACAAUCGUGUUGCUAGAGGAUUGUUGCAAGAAGAUCGAUACGUGUUUGCACUGCAUCUAUGCUAUGUGAAAAGCAUAAUAAAUCCUAAAUCAUGUUGCAUUGAUAAAAUAUAUUUACACCUUCUUCUGAAGGACAGUUAUGUGUAUGAAGAAUCAACUACGAUGAUGAACAUUUCACAGACAGAAGAAGCGGCAAAUUAUCAAAAGGCUUCGAACGAAAUUGGGCGCGAGCUUUUACCAGAAUAUAAUGAUGAACAAAUAAGAAACUUAAACAAUUUAAUAAAACAUAAGUUGUUUUAUUACCUUAAAGAUUUGAUAGAAAAUAACAGAGAUGGGUGGGCAAGUUUAUUGCAUAGUGAUGAGCCUGAAUGUGUAGUAUCAUCGCUUAUAAUGCGAAAUAAAAAUAUAAAAAGACAAAAUAGCAGUGUAACACAUCUUAAUUCAUUUGAAGAAUCCGAGGGCGUCGUAGAAGGGGGAGAAGUAAAUCAGGAAAAUCCCAUUUCACAAUGUUUAAAAGAGGCAAUAAUUAUUAAGGCUGUGAGAGCGGACAAGCUAGAUAGGUGCUUUAACAAGCUGAUAAAUAUAAUUUUAGGAAAGGAAUUUUUGUGGCUACCUGAAUUGUCUACAAAUGAGUUUGAAAAAUAUGUAAAAGAGAAUGCUUUGGGGAAUACACCUAUAGUUUUGAUAAGCUCCCCUGGAUUUGAUCCAAGUAAUAAAGUGCACCAAUUAAGUGAGCAUUGUAAAGUUUCAUUAUCUUCUAUUGCAAUGGGAUCUGAAGAGGGGUAUAUAUCAGCUGAAAAAGUAAUAGCCUCAGCUCAAAAAUAUGGUGGAUGGGUUCUAUUAAAAAAUAUUCAUUUAUCACAUAAAUGGCUAUAUCAAUUAGAAAAAAAUAUGCAUAAAUCUAAUAGUAAUACUGAUUUUCGUCUAUUUUUAACUAUGGAAAUAAAUCCCAAAAUUCCUCCUAAUUUAUUACGUAUGUCAUUAACGUUUAUGUUUGAACCUCCUGUAGGUAUUAAAUCUUCAAUUUUAAGAACAUUUUCAUUAUUUUUAGAAAAUAAAUGUAUAAAUGAUCCAAAAAUAGCACGUUUGAGAUUAUAUUUUAUUGUUUCUGUGUUACAUGCAAUAAUAUUAGAAAGAAGGAGAUAUACACCUAUUGGAUGGACCAAAAAAUACGAAUUUAGUGACGCUGAUUUAACAUGUGCCUUAGCUGUAAUAGAUAGUUGGGUUGAUAAGUCAGUUGUAAAAAUAGGAAAUAAUAUAAGUGAGCAUAUUGAUCCUUGCAAUAUUCCAUGGGAUGCUAUAAAAAAAAUAUUAAAUGAAACAGUAUAUGGUGGCAGAUUAGAUAAUAUUGUGGAUUCUAAAAUUUUGGAUACUUUUAUUGAGCAUCUAAUGCAUUCGAAUUCUUUUGAAACUGAUUUUAAUUUAAACAUAUCUCAUAGUUUAUCUAGUAAAGAUUUUUUAAAAUCCCCUGAUUUGUUUAGAAAUAUACAAGAUUAUAUUAAAUGGGCAAAUAAUAUGAUUAACACAGAUAUUCCUGCAUGGUUAGGAUUUGGGCAACAUGCUGAGGGUUUAUUAACUACUAGAACAAAUUUUAGCAUCAUAAAUAAGUGGAAUAUUUUAUAUAGUAAAAGUUGUUCUGAUAUGCAAGAGUUGUUGCCAUAUAGCCAGGAUGAAAUUAAAUUGGAAGAUCAAAUUGACGAAAUGGAUGAAAAGGAAAAUGCAGACACCCCAGAAUAUGAUAUUAAAAUUCGCAAUAUUCGUACAAAGGAACAAAAUGAAAGCACUAUUUUUAUUGAUAAAAUUUUAGAAAGUUUACCUGAGUAUAUUCCUGAUUUAGAAAAAAGUGAUGAAAAUGUAGGGAAUGCUGUCUUCCGAUGCUUUGAAAGGGAAAAUAAAUUAUUUAAUGACUUAUUAAAAGAUAUAAAAACAAAUUUAAUACAAUUAAAGAGUGUUUUAGAAGAAAAAAUAAAAUAUACAAAUAAAUUAAGAGCAUUAGCUAAGGAUAUAAAUUCAUUGAAUGUUCCAUCCGGCUGGUUACUUCAAACAAAUACAAGUAUAAACAUGAACUUGACCAUUUGGCUAAGAGAUAUUAUAAAACGUUUAUAUCAAAUUAUUGUUAUAACAGUUGAACUUAAUAAAAGUUCCGAAGAAGAAAAAGGUUCUGCAAAAAGCAAUAAUGAAAAAUAUGGUGAAAAUAACUAUUCGCAUGGAAUGGAAAAACAAACCACACUAAAUCGAGGAAGCGUUAAAAAAAAAAAACAAGAAGACGAUGCAAAUAUAGAUAAAUUUGUAAAAAGAAAUAACAAUGUUAUAUUAUCUCAUUUUAGUGCUAAUAAAAAACUAUCCAUUAAUUUUAUAUGGCUAGGUGGCAUAUUUUAUCCUCGUGCUUUUAUCACUGCAACUAGACAAAUGUGUGCACACAAAUAUAAAAAAUCGCUAAAUGAUCUAGAACUAUCUAUAACAGUUGACGAAAAGAGUGAAGAAAAGUUAAUGGAACCUUUCCAUUUUACUAUUAUUUGUUUGUCCAUCGAAGGGGCCCAAUGGAGCGACAACGACAGGUGCCUAAUAUUAUGUGAUGAACUGUCCAUUGACCUACCUCCAGUAACAUUAACUUGGGAGACGAAGGAUAACGUGAACAAAAGAAUUAACGAAAGCCCAAACUAUUAUUAUAUGGAUUUGCCAAUUUAUUUAGAUAAGUCGAGAGACUCCCUUAUUGGAUUUUGGAAGUUUCCAGUUUCAAAAGAAGUUUCUGAGCAACAUUGGUAUCAAAGGGGUGUAGGAAUAUUUUUAUCAAAAUCUUAUUAA